UUCAAUCUUUUUUAAGUGUCUUGUCAGAAAACGAGCUAUUUAAGAGUAGCAUGAUCUAGUCAUAAACCAACUAGCUUUAACUUAAAACAAGAUAGGCACGGUGUGUUGGAUCCUUUCAAGCAGAUGAAGGAUCUCAACCAGCUCAAGAAUCAACUGGAAGAUAUCCAGAAGCGUGUGGAGACUGAAUUUGCAGCAGGAAUUCCACAGGGGGGCUCUGUGCUGGCAUCUCCCUUUUUGAAGGGGUUCCUGGCCGGGUACGUGGUGGCCAAGCUCCGCUCCUCAGCUAUCAUAGGAGUGCUACUAGGAACAUUGACAGGCAUCUAUGCUGCACAGAACUAUCAGGUGCCCAACAUUGACAGCACUCUGAAGGACUAUAUGAGUUUUUUUAGAAAAGGACCAAAGUAA